AUGGCUGCUCCCUCGGCCGCUCCCCCGGCCGCUCCCCCGGCCGCUCCCCCGGCCGCUCCCCCGGCCGCUCCCUCGGCCGCUGGCGGUGGCGGCGAGGCACACGCCCCCCCUCUAGGCCUGUUGGAUAUCCACGCGUCGAUUGGCCUCGGGGCCGGCACGCGCCUGCUCGCCACGCUGCCAGCCGGUCCUGGUGGCGGGCCGCUGCUGGACCCGGCAGCCCUCGGCCGCCUUCAAACCUUCGGGUUGACUACCUGCCAUGAUUUCCUCCUCUCCUGCGAUUACCGCCUGUCGGUGGUGCUAAACGAGGACACCAGGUCCAUCCGGGAGAUCAAGCGCCGGGUUUCCCUCGAGAUCUCGCCCCCACUGGUCCAGGCACGCCGACACCGCGCGUCGCGACUUCACUUGCCGGCUGACGGCCAGCCGGCCAACUCACACGGCACCUGUGACUCCUUCUUUGCCACUGGCAUCCCGGCACUGGAUGCCUUGCUGAAGGGCGGUCUCCCGCGGUUCUCGGUGACCGAGGUGGUCGGCCCCUCGGGCUGCGGCAAGACACAGCUCUGCAUGACCAUCGCCUCGGAGUUCCUGGCGCGCACGCAAAAUGCAAGCGGGCCGGAUGCUCCAGGGGUCCUGUACAUUGACACGGAGAAUGCCUUCUCCCCGGUCCGCUUUUCCGAGAUCGCUCGGGCACGGUUCCCCCAAAGCGAGGGCCUGCUUGACCGUAUCCGCGUGGUUGCUGUCGCCUCCACGACGGAUCUUCUCCACAUUCUCAUGGAUCUGGAGAGCCAGAUCAUCGAAAAUAGCAUCGCCUUCGUCGUGGUGGACUCGAUUGCCGCGCUGGUUCGACGCGAGUUUGCCCGUGACCAGCCACCUUCGACUGGGUCUCCGUCGGGCCCGGUCGCCGAUCGCGGCACCCUCGGGUCAGGGCUGAUUGCUCGAACUGAGCUUCUCAGCCGACAGGCCUCCAUCAUGAAGUACGGACAUCCUUCCACCGUGCACCAGACCUCCACCUAG